UUGGCUUGCGUCUAGGUUUGCGUCGUUCGCUUGAUGAAUGACAGUUGCCGAUGUAAAUUCUCAAUCUUUUCAACCACCAUCAUAACCAACCAAUCCAGGGAAAGUUGUUGCCUGUGAAAAAUGCCUUCAGCUGCGAAUGCAAAAUCUGAAAAACCAGCCUCUUCGGAGGCUAUGGAUAAUUCUCCUGUACGACAAAUCAUGACGGUUAUUGAACACAAAAUCCGCAAUUUGGAGAAAAGAAAGAGCAAGUUGACAUCAUAUCGUGAUUUGCAAAAAGCUGGAAAAGAGCUUAAUUCAGAUCAAAGAGUAGCAGUUGCAAAAUAUGAUGAGGUUGCUCAAACACUGGAAUUUGCAAGAGAUUUGUCUAACCAAAUCAAGUCGAUUGCCACGGCUGCUGAAAGAGAAGCAAAAAAACAAGCUAAAAAGGAUGCAUGGGUUCGUUCUGCAUCUGAAACAAAUAAGAUCCGGGAGGUACUUCUUAUACUAGAUUGUCUUACCCAAAUGGGCAGUAAUGAAGCCCGUGAAGAUUUUCUCAGUGGCACCAACGGUGCUGCUAAACUGUCUGCAGAGGACUUGAAAAUAUUGGAUGAUUUAUAUCCUGAAGUUACUCCUAAACAUGAAGUUAAUGAAGAGGGUCAACCAGGAUUUUUUAGUCAUGUUACAAAGGCUGCUGAACAUCUAUACUCUGUAAUUGAUGGCAAGCCAAAAGAAGUCUUGGGAACAACCUACACACGAAUCAAAGAAAUUGUUACUACUAUUCAUGAAUGUGGCUACUUUGACAAGACACUGGAGGUGGUCAACCAAGUGAUUGAAGAAAACUGUGUUCCCUUAGCAGAGGAACCUCAAGAUGUCGUAGAAAAUGAUGUAGAAGGAGAACCGGUCACUCCGUACCCGCCCGCGGGCCCGGCGGGGCCGCUGCCCGUGCCGCCCGCGCCCGCCGUCGUGCCCGCGCCCGCCUACCCUCUGCGCCCCCUGCCGCCCAUCACACUACAGGAGGUGGAACACGCGUACUUCUCACAACAGUAUCCUCAACAGAGACCACUAGCUGAAGUCAUAGGUUCUCAGAAUUUCUACUUUCUCCAAGAGUCCGAGAUCGACAGCCCCGUCGGGACGCCGCAACCCCCGCCGCUCGCCGGCCAACCGUCGCCGCCGGCGCCCAUUCCGAGCCAGACCUUCACGAACCAGCAUUACGUGCUGCCCGGCCAGCGCGUGCCCGACGUGGCGCCCAUGCCGCUGCCGCCGCAGCCGCACUUCCCGCCGCACCCCGAGCUGCCGGCCUUCGCGCCGCCCGGCGUGCCGCUCGCCGCGCCGCUGCCGCACGUGCCGCCGCACGCCGCGCCGCUCGCCGCCCCGCCGGCCGCGCAGCCGCCGCAGUCGCCGCCGCAGCCCGCAGAGCCGCGCCCGGCCUCGCCGCCGCCGGAGACCAACCACGACGACGACUGGAAGGAGACCCGCAGCCCCGAGCGAGACGACGCCGCCGAUCGCAAAUCGCAAGGCCAAGGGGACGGCCAGAAUAGAUUCAGACGCUACGGCCGAGGCGGCAGUAGGGGCGCGCCUAAUGGACACCGAGGUCGCGGAAUGUUCGCGAGCCGGCAGAGCGGCGACGGGUACCGCGGCAGGCAUGGAGACUAUCAGAACCGGUCCAACAAGGACGGCUAUCAGAACAGACAGUAUGAUGGCUACCAGAAUAGACACGGAAAGGAUGGAUAUCACAACCGAGGCGGUGACGAUGCUUACUACGGCAACGGUGACGCGCACGACUCUCAUCAACAGAACGAGAACGGCACUCGCGACAGAUACAAUGACAACAACCAAAGCUACCAGGGCGGGUUCAAGAGCCGCGGCCGAGGUGGGCCUCGCGGCGGCGCUCGCGGCGCUUCGCGGCCUCCUCGCCCGCAGCAAUACAAUCGUAAACCAGAAAACGUUGAAUAGUUGACGUGAAAAAGGGUCGACGUUCCGCCGCAUCCUGAGCGGUCGCGACAUACAAAUAUUACUCUAUGAUGGACAAAAUCAUUCGUGGAAGGCAGAUUUCACCGGCAACAACGCGCAGUGGAACAACAAACAGAGAUUACGGUAUAUAAAAUAAUAAUAAAAAAAUAAUAAAAAAAAAGUAAAAUAUUGAAACUGAAUAAAAAAUAAGUUACUUGAAUUUAGAUUGUAUGAUAUAAAAUAAUUAUUAUAAGUUACGUAUUUCUAGAUUCUUGCAUAAGUUAUGGUCACGCGAGUGACUAAAGUGACGCGGCGUGAGAGCCGGUCGGCCCCCAGCCGUGUACCUCGUGCGUGCCUCGUCCUAGUGAUAAUUUAAGUACAGGAGAUGUGCACACAACUGACUUUACACUAACGGGACCUUCUCAAACUCAUUAAUCUUUGUACUUUUUAAUACAGUUGAUUUGAAUAGCAAUUAUAUGUGUUAAGAUAUGGAUACAUGUUUGUUUUCCUUCAACUGGUAUUUAUUUAUAUUACGGUAUUGGUCAUAUUUAUUUAUUUUAUUAUUAAUAGAAGGUAGUUAAAAAGAUUUUUGUAUAGAGUUUGGCGUUGUGCUGUGUCAUACAUUGCGAAUUUUCAAAUUUCGAUGGUUAUAAAAAUGUAUUUGCGGACAUAUAAAAUGAAAUAAAUAUUUUUAUCAGAUGACAAUCAAUCUUAUUCCAAAUCAUCAAAAAUUUUGCUUAGAUCACUAUAUUUUCUUUUUUAAUAAUUGUACUGAUUUCAUAUAAAUUAAUAUAUGCUAUUGACAAUGACAAUUCACAACGCCAGAUAACAAAAACUUCGAACUGCUUUUUGAUGAUUUUAUUUUUAUUGUACCUACCCUUGGUAAAAGGGGAGAUUACCUACUUUAUAAAAAUAAUAAUAGAUAAUGCCUUUACCUGUCAAUAUUCUGAUUUUAAUAUUUUAAAAAUCUGUCAUAACUCACAAUAUAUAUGUUGUUACUAUUUGAUCAAGCUUCCUCUUUUCAUAAAAUUGUUCUCAAUAGAGGCUGUGUGCAAGCAAAUUAAAAGUAUUCUAUGAAAAGAU